GGAAUGUCAGCAACCCACCGACGUUCUGCCAGGUCUCCUCACUGGAAAAGUGGUGGUGGGUGGGGGCUAUUUUUUAUCACUGGCAUGUGAUCAGCACUGCAGUUUGAGCAAGGAUGCUUUUGCUUGUUCUUUUUAAACCAGCUUUAUACUAGUGAUAAAGAGAGACUUUGCAUACUGUGCUGAAAAAACAGUUUACUCAGAUACCGGAAAUCAAAAGGCAUUGAACAUGACGACGGAAACCUUGGUGAAGGAUAUUAAACCAGGCCUAAAAAACCUAAACCUUAUAUUCAUUGUACUGGAAACGGGUCGGGUGACCAAGACGAAAGAUGGCCAUGAAGUACGGACAUGUAAAGUAGCAGACAAAACUGGCAGCAUAAACAUCUCUGUGUGGGACGACAUUGGCAACCUAAUUCAGCCAGGAGACAUCAUCCGACUCACCAAAGGGUAUGCAUCAACUUUCAAAGGCUGCCUGACUCUAUACACUGGACGUGGAGGAGAUCUGCAGAAAGUUGGAGAGUUUUGUAUGGUUUAUUCUGAAGUGCCAAAUUUCAGUGAGCCAAACCCAGAGUAUGUGGCCCAACAGUCACAAAACAAAAAUACGCAGAAUGACAAUUCAGCGCCUGCAGCGUCUCAAACUGUACCAGGCCCCUCCUCUUCCUCCGCAGCAGCAGCCUCUGAUAACCAGAAUGGCAAUGGAUUGAUUACCCCUAGCAGUUCCACACACCCACCAAGUGUCCCCACCCAUCCCACCAGCGGUCGCAUCACCCGGAGUCAGCCCAACCACCAGAGUGGAGGGUCACUGGGAACAAGCUCCUCCUCCAACCCAGUCAGCAAUGGCAAAGAGACACGGCGAAGCAGCAAGAGAUAAUGGGUACAGGACUAGAGGGCAUCUCUUCUUCUACCGUCUGCUUGUAACCUUUUUACCUCCUAGUGACCUAACUCUGAGGCAGAGCGGUAGAUAUUGAGAAGAGAUGGACACUGGGCUGGAGCACAGACUAUGAAACCAACUUAAGUUUAGCCACUGAAAUGUACUUUUAACAUGUGAUGCUGAGCACCAGGUGAGGAAUAUGGUCCUCAGUAUAUUUAUACUUGUAUUUCAUGUAAAACUUGUACUUUCAGGACUCCCCACACAUGUAUACUACACUUUCACUCUUGCAGGAAAUUGCCAUGAUCACUCUUCCAGCUUGUCUGAUUUUUGUCGCACCAUUUAUCUUCUCACAUCACUUUCCUGCCCUAUGGGUGUGUGUCCUUGAAUUUAGCACCAUUUAGACUUCUGCAAUCCUUAAAAUCAUUUAUUGACAUGGUAGAUUCAUAGUGAGGUUUGUGAAACUAUCCUGGAUUGAAUUGUUUUAAGGCUGCGAACAAAAAGACAGCUAUGUUUGAGUUUCUAUGAAGUGUUUAGCUCUCACAAAUAUCUUUUACACGGGAGGGGGUAUAGCAAGUCACACACAAAUUUGUGCCACCUUUUCCAUGCCAAACUAAUAUUUACUAUCUCUAGGUUGCCAAUACGAUGACUGUUGUUUUUUCCCCAAAAAUAUUUUUAAUAGAUUGAAGCAUCCUGUGGGUAGGCUUCCAUAGAUGUAAUGAUGUUAGAUUAGAAGUGUGGCAAAACUGACAUGAGCAGAUUUUUAAUUGUUCUGAAAAACUAACAUUUUAUUGUUGUUUUUGUGCUAGAUGGCUAAAUUAGAUUGUAUGUUUUUAUUCCAGUACGCUUCAACGUGGCUGGCAUAACAGUUUAACAGGGUCAGACGGUUACUGGCUCCCUGCCCAUUAUAGGGCCUACCAACCAGGAACUUGUGCUGCCAUCUUUGUUCUUAUUUAGUGCAAGGCCUUCAGAGGUGCUACAUGUUGUCUCUGGCCUUUCUAAGCCUUAUGUGAAGAAAGUAUUCUUCCCACACUCCCCUAAGAUACAACAGGGGUCUUUUGUCUCCUCACUGGCCAGGCCUUCACUCCCACCUGAGAAACUGAAGGAGCCAUCGGAGGCCAAGGGCUCCAAGGGCCUUUAGAAAGCUAUAGCAUUUAGUGGCCUGAAGGAACAUGAGUUAUGGCCUGCAUUGUAAAUGGAAUUGUUGUAAACCUUGAGAAUAGGAUCGGAUUUUAACACUAAAAUGUUUGCCCAAGUUUUAACACAAUUUCUUAAAAGUCAAUAAAAUGUUUUACAUUUUUUUGUAAUUGUGGCCAUAAAUCAACAAUAUUUAAGAAUAUUUUAAAGGCCGUUUGCCUAUUUGCUUGGGCCUCAUUCUCCCCAUUCCUGUGCCUCUGUUCUUUUUUCCAGAAUAUUAGCAUGAACUAGCUGGGAAACAGGUUGUAGUAUUGGUAUUUUUUUAAGGAACAUUACAUUUGUCUAAUCUGG